UCUAUGCAUAUAGUCUAUAUACGACUCUUUGAAACGAACGUCUUGGGUGUGCGAAGGAUUUCAAAUGUACAUAAUCUGUAUAGGAGAAAAUCCGCGCCGCGAUGUGUUAAUUUAAUUUGCUUAUCCAUUUCCGUUAUACUAAAAGGCCAUCGUGUGCGCAUUAUUGUAAUCAGCGCGAAAUGUUUGAAAGAAAAGUGCUUUAAUGCCAAAUGGGUAUCUUAUGUAUUAUUAAGGAAAAUGUGCUUACUGUGCUUGCCCCGCAGCUUGCAACAUCCGAACGAGUAUAUGUAUGAAGUAUGCGUUUUUCCAUCUGUAUCCUCUCCGUGCUAUUAUGGGCAUCACGCAAGCGCGGUAUACUUACAGAAAAUCUUACAAUUUAAUUUUUAAGCUCGCAUUAAAUUUAAAUAAAAAACUGGUAUAAUGGCAUUUCUGUGGAUUAUUAUUUUCUGUACUUUGCCCAGUUUCGCCGCAUUGCAAAGUCCCAACGUGACUGUAAUCAAUGCCGCCAUUAUCCUGCCGCAGACCAACUCCAGUUUUUUACCCUUUGAUUACGACAAACUAACGCCGGCGUUCAAUCUAGCCUUUGCCAAAGCGGAGCAGAUGUACAAUGUGCGCUUUAAGCGGUAUUUAGGAUUGUAUCCGUAUUCCUGUCAGGAUAGUCAGGCGCUGGGUCAAGCGGUCACGGCACUGCAGCAAAAUCCCAUUCAGGUGUUUUUCGGACCGGCAUGUUACGAUGAUCUAGCGGCUGUUAGUAAGCUGGGAUCGUUCUAUAAUAUUACCGUGGUGUCAGGCGGCGGCAGCUAUGCGGAAUCCUUAUCGACGUAUCCGUAUACGACGCGUAUAGCGUAUAAUAUGAUUGACCAGUGGUCACUGUUUCUUAUGAUGUGCGCGCAGUACAACUGGCAAAAUAUUGCGGUAGUAUACGAUGCUGAUCGGGAUAGUAGUACAAGUGGAGGAAUCUACCAGAAAAAUGGAGACGGGCUGAUGCGUUUGCUCAAGAGCAAAAAUCUCAAGCCUACGGAAAUUGUUAACUCAUUCCAGAGAAGUGCAAAUGCUCCUGUCGAUCCGUCUAAAUUAGAUAAAAUGCUGAGUGAAGGCAGUAAAAGUGCCAGAGUCAUGGUUUUCCUGACCGACUACCUCAAGCUCCGCUCCUACAUGAUUCAAGCCAAACGACGGGGGAUGUGCAAUGGGGAUUAUGCUUUCUUUGCCGCCGAUGUUCUGAGGAACAGCAUCCUAAAUACCAACAGAUCGUGGAUUAUGAAUGAUACCUAUGAUACUGAAGCCGAAGCGGCGUUUCAGUGUCUGUUUGUCGUCGCUCUACGGGAUACGAGAAAGGAUGUCUCGUAUCAGAUAUUCCGCCAAGAGUUAUCCAAAUACAACAACGCGAAACAAUACGGAUCCACCGAUAUCAGCGUGGAUUAUUAUCAAGGAACGUUCUAUGAUUCUGUAAUGAUGUAUGCAGUGGCUGCCAACGAGACGUUAGAGGAUGGAAAUGACAUCACUGCCGCCAACAUCAAACUCAAACUGAUCAACAAAACAUUUAGCGGAUCACACGGAGUUGUGCGCCUAGGUCCUUCGACCGAUCGAGUAGCAGAUUACCAAAUCUUGCAACUUCGCAGCAACGAAACCGAAUUCAAGCCAUUUGCGGAAGUGCGAGCCGAAUACGGGCAAUAUACGGAAAUACGGCCAGUACUAUGGUUAAAUCGUGCUAAUCAACCUCCACAAAAUAAGCCUCCUUGUGGCUUUGAUGGAUAUGAUCCCGAAUGCGUGGCAGCCGCCCGAACAACAUUGGCGGCUGGCCUGGGUGGAGCCCUGGGGUUUCUCCUGGUAUUCGGUGUAAUUUCCGCUUUGGUCUACCGGAAAAUCAAACUCAAGAUGGAGCUAAAUGAUAUGAACUGGGUGGUACUGCAUAGCGAAAUAACCUUGCAGAAGACAAGAAAGACCAAGAGUAUCAUGUCGACCGCUACGGAAAGCGUUGUGUCGCUAACGACCAGCGGAAAAUCAGCGAAAUCCAUUUUCCAUCCCAUGCUGAAUUUUGCUAAGUCCACGCCGACGGGACUGAACAACGGCGCUAACACGAUGAUUACCGAAUCUAUUAUGCAGACCAGCGUGGCAAUGGUGACCUUUCGCAAUACACCGGCUAUACUGCGACCGUGUGAACAUGCCAGAAUCGAAUUAACCGAGAGGAUCCGUAGUGAAGUGCGCAUUGUCAAAUCCAUGAGCAAUGAAAACGUGGCGAAAUUCUUAGGAGCGUGUAUUGAACCGACACAUACGGCGGUAUUAAUGGAAUACUGCUCCCGUGGUAAUUUGCAUGAUGUUCUUCAUAAUGAUACACUUAAUCUGGAAUGGAUAUUCCGAAUCUCCUUCCUAACUGACAUCGUCCAAGGUCUAACAUACAUCCACAAUACCGUAUUAGAACAUCAUGGACGUUUAACUUCUCGGUGCUGUUUCAUUGAUAAACGAUUCCUCCUGAAGAUCUCCGAUUACGGUUUGCCGUCAUUCUACAAUGCCGGUCGCCAGUUGGGGUCCGCUGACCUUUUAUGGACAGCUCCGGAACUGCUGCGAGCCAAGGACCACGUGACACCGACCCAAGAAGCCGACAUUUUCAGUAUCGGUAUAAUACUGCAGGAGAUCAUUCUGCGAGAAAGUCCGUACUUCCAGACCAACAUGAUUCCCGACGACAUUGUCUGGCAUUUAAUUGCCCGUGAAAAUCCCCCGUUUCGCCCGCUUGUUGACGAUCCGUUUUGUAAUCCGGAACUGAUUACCAUCAUGCAGACAUGCUGGGCGGAAAAUCCGCUGGAUCGACCACGACUCGGUCAAUUACGGGCAUCCAUAAAAACGUUGGCCAGGCUGUUUGGUAUUGAGCGGAAUAGCAUAAUCGAUACACUACUGGAAAGAAUGGAGCAACACACGCAAAAUUUGGAGAAUUUAGUUGCGGAAAAGACCACAGAGCUCUUGGACGAAAAAAAGAAAACCGAUCAUCUGUUGUACUCGAUUCUUCCAAAAGCUGUCGCCGAGCAAUUAAAACGCGGACAACAUGUUCUGCCGGAAAGCUUCGAGAGUGUUACUCUUUAUUUCGGAGAUAUUGUCGAAUUCACCACAAUUGCCAGCUGCAGCGGCCCCCUGGAUAUGGUCAACUUCAUGAAUGACCUUUACAGUCAGUUUGACGAAAUUAUCGCGGCGUACGAUGCCUAUAAAGUGGAAACUAUCGGCGAUUGUUAUCUGAUUGCCUCUGGAUUGCCGAACCGCAACGGUCUCAACCAUGCAGUGGAAGUUGCACGAAUUGCUUUUCAGUUACGAGAAGCCAUUACGACCUUUACCAUACGGCAUUUACCGGAAAGACGAGUACAACUACGAAUAGGGCUAAAUUCCGGACCAUGUGUUGCCGGUGUCGUGGGGUUUGCCACGCCUCGAUACUGUCUGUUCGGUGAUACGGUUAAUGUUGCUUCGAGGAUGGAAUCGACAGGAGAGCCAAUGAAGAUUCAAAUAACUCAAGCAACAGAAGGAAUUUUAAAGAAGUUUCAGUCCUUUAUUGUGGAAUGUCGGGGAGAUAUUUCCGUAAAAGGAAAGGGAGUUAUGCGCACUUUCUGGUUAAUUGGUGAGAAUAAGGCACUAUUCCAUGCAGUAAUGUGACGUUUGAGUAAUGCAGAAUUUAUUAAGACACCUAACGGGCGGCCACCUCGCGGGAGGCGGCCAACUGGCAGGCGGGAUCUCUGCAAAUAUUCAAUUCUAAAUACUACCGCCUACGAGCAAGCUGUAAAUGUCGGUUGGGCGCAGUUGGGCGCAUAUUUAUAACAUACACCUGACUCUAAAUCCCACCUCCUACGAGCUGGCAGUAAGUGUUAGUUGGGCGCAGUUGGGCGCAUAC